CCUCCAGGUGUGAAGCAAGCAAUUUGUUCUUCUCAUUUGAUACUAACAGCAAAAGGACAACUCUACGUCUAACUUAUUUGACUUCAUUAUUUGGCUUUCAAUUACAUUAACUAGAUGAAAACCAUACAGAAAUUAGCCUGUGAGCUAUAAGACACGGGCUUAAAUAAUUUGAUGGAAACGUUACAGAUAAUUCAGCUGUUCUCUCAAGGGCAGGACUCCGACACUGCAGGUGGAAAAGCAACAAAAAGAACAAGACAAAGAAAACUAGGAGGAUUUUUCCUGGGAGACACACAUUAGCUAUGUGAAGCCAACCGUUACUGAGAGAAAAUGCCAAACUUUUCUUUGUUCAACACAAUCAUUUUUGCUUCUUAAAAGGAAACGGAAGAUGAAAGACCGACUUCAAGAACUAAAGCAACGAACAAAAGAAAUCGAACUCUCCAGAGACAGGCAUGUGUUGACUACAGAAGCAGAAGAACAAGGGGUGUUUUUGCAGCAAGCUGUUAUUUAUGAAAGAGAGCCGGUAGCUGAGAGACACUUACAUGAAAUCCAAAAACUACAGGAGAGUAUUAACAAUUUGACAGAUGAUGUUCAAAAAUUUGGGCAGCAACAGAGAAGUCUGGUGGCUUCAAUGAGAAGGUUUAGUCUACUUAAGAGAGAGUCUAGCAUUACAAAGGAGAUAAAAAUACAAGCAGAACACAUUAACAGAGGUUUGGAUGAUUUAGUAAAAGAAGUUAAGAAGUCAGAGGCUGAAAAUGGUCCAUCAGCAGUGGUGACAAGGAUACUUAAAUCUCAGCAUGCUGCGAUGUUCCGCCAAUUUCAGCAAACAAUGUUUACAUACAAUGACACAUUAGCAGCAAAGCAGGAGAAGUGCAAGACAUUUAUUUUCCGUCAGCUUGAAGUUGCUGGAAAAGAAGUGCCUGAAGAAGAAGUAAAUGAUAUGCUUUAUCAAGGCAAAUGGGAAGUUUUUAAUGAAAGCUUACUUACAGAAAUCACUAUCACUAAAGCACAACUCUCAGAGAUAGAACAAAGACACAAGGAACUUGUUAAUUUGGAGAACCAAAUAAAAGAUUUAAGGGACCUUUUCAUUCAGAUAUCUCUUUUAGUAGAGGAGCAAGGAGAAAGCAUCAACAAUAUCGAAAUGAUAGUGAAUGGUACAAAAGAAUAUGUUAACACUACUAAAGAGAAAUUUGGACUCGCUGUAAAAUACAAAAAAAGAAAUCCUUGUAAGGUAUUGUGUUGUUGGUGUUGCCCGUGCUGUGGCUCAAAAUAAAGAAGCUAUUUUAGACAUUUUUUCCAGUUGUAGAAUGAAGGAUGUCCUAUUUUUCAGCAUCUUUCUUCAUUUUACAGAUCCAUUCACAUACCUUUCAUCAUUAUUAAGUCAUAAUUUUCCUCUUCAGCCCUUAUCUGCUAGACCAACAGAAACUUCUUCAGUCAGGGACAAAGCAAGUCAUUUAUUAAACCAAAAACAGUAUAGCUAGUUAACUUUAAACUCACAAGUUAACUACUAAAAAUGAGAUCAAUGAUCUUAUGUUUCC